GCACCCAGACGCUCCUCUGCUCUCCCCGCGGUCGCUGGGCCAUGGGUCUCAGGCCCGCCCUGACCCCCAGCGAGGCCUCCCCGUCCGCGGCGUGACGGGCGGUCCAGAUGGCCUCCAUGGGCCAGUGCUACCACAACGAGACCAUUGGCUUCUUCUACAACAACAGCGGCAAGGAGCUGAGCUCCCACUGGCGGCCCAAGGAUGUGGUGGUGGUGGCACUGGGGCUCACCGUCAGCAUGCUGGUGCUGCUGACCAACCUGCUAGUCAUCGCAGCUAUCGCCUCCAACCGCCGUUUCCACCAGCCCAUUUACUACCUGCUUGGCAACCUGGCUGCUGCUGACCUCUUUGCUGGUGUGGCCUACCUCUUUCUUAUGUUCCACACAGGUCCACGCACAGCCCGGCUCUCCAUUGAGAGCUGGUUCCUGAGGCAGGGCCUGCUAGAUGCGAGCCUGACAGCAUCAGUGGCCACACUGCUGGCCAUUGCUGUGGAGCGGCACCGCAGCGUGAUGGCCGUGCAGCUGCACAGCCGCCUGCCCCGUGGCAGGGUCAUCAUGCUCAUCGUGGGCGUGUGGGUGGCUGCGCUGGGCCUGGGGCUGCUGCCUGCCCGGUUCUGGCACUGCCUCUGUGCCCUAAAACACUGCUCACGCAUGGCCCCAUUGCUUAGUCGCUCCUACUUGACUGUCUGGGCCCUGUCCAGCCUACUCGUCUUCCUACUCAUGGUGGCUGUCUACACCCGCAUUUUCUUCUACGUGCGGCGGCGGGUACAGCGCAUGUCAGAGCACGUCAGCUGCCAUCCCCGCUACCGCGAGACCACACUCAGCCUGGUCAAGACUGUUGUCAUCAUCCUGGGGGCGUUCGUGGUCUGCUGGACCCCAGCCCAAGUGGUGCUCCUCCUGGAUGGUCUGAACUGCAAGUCCUGCAACGUCCUGGCCGUAGAGAAGUAUUUCCUGCUCUUGGCCGAGGUCAACUCACUGGUUAAUGCCGUGGUGUACUCAUGCCGUGAUGCCGAGAUGCGCCGCACCUUCCGCCACCUUCUCUGCUGUCUGUGUCUCCGCCAGUCCAAACACAAGUCUGACCCAUACGCUGCCUCCACCCGGACAAGUGCCAGCACUCGCAUCAUGCUGCCAGAGAACAGCUACCCUCUGAUGGACUCCACCCUCUAGCCACCUUGAACUUCAGGAGAGUGCAGCAAUCAAUAGAUUGUAACCCAGACCACUCAUGGGUGCACCUUGCACCUUGCUCAACCUAAUCCUCUGGACAGACUUAACAGCAGACCUUUGGCUUGCUAUGGUGCAGUAGCACUAGUGGUCUGGCCUCCCCAAGGCCUGGAGAUUUGGCGUCAUCUCCAAACACCUGGGAGUCAGCUGGGGCGCAGAAAUCUUACUCUUUAAUCAUCUCAGGUUGGGAGUUUUUUAACAGACAUUUUUUUUUUAUUUGUACUGCACAUCCCUGGUAAGCCCUGUGGACAUUUUCCUCAUCCGUGGUGGUGUGGGUAUUAAGGGUAGGAGAGCAGAGGGCACUCUCAGGAUGUGUGACUAGAUAACAAGAAUAAUGGACACGCUUUGUUGAGGCUGAUUCUUCAGGAUCACAGACUAAGCGGUGCUGAGCUGGGAAAGGUUUGUGACCCUUUGCAGCCUCCAGGGGCUUGCCUUGUUCCCCCUUAAAAUUGAGAGAGCCCUGGGCCUCCCUGGUGGCACAGCAGGUUCAGCGCAGCGCUGUGAAGCUGUCCGCAGCCUCUGCAUCAUGAAUUCGAUUCCUGGCCAGCCAGGGAGCUACCCACAUGGCGUGGCAGACCUCUCCUGUCUCGCCUGCUGCUCCCCUCAGCAGUGCUUUCGGCCCGUCUGCCUGUUCUGCUCCCCGCUCUGUCUCUGGUGAAUCCUCUUACCCUCCCAUGCCUCAGGCCUGUAUCCCAGCUCUUGUAUAAAUAAAUAAAUCUUUAAAAAAAAAAAUUGAGAGGGUCCAUGGGGAAGACAUGUUAUAACAAGUAAACCUUUAUUUCCAUUCUGAAAUCUCCAAAGCAUUUUCUGUCACUCAAUCUUUCCCUGUGUCCCAGAUUUGUCCAUCUAGGCUAAGGUCAGUCAGGGUUCCUUCAGCAUCUUGGCCCUUUUCUUGUUGUUCUUCAGUCUCUGACCAGCUUUAACCUGUCUCUCUUGUUGGAGUCUUGAUAUCUCUUCCCUUUUUAUCUGUAGCCUCUGCUUAUUCCCUGUCUUCAUCCUGUAGAGCCCAGAGUUGUCUGUGACCACUUUUUCCAAUCUGUGCUUUUGUCUGAGUCCAGGUUGUUAACAGGUACGUUCAUCCCAUUGCUCAGCCUACUACCUACACACACACUUAGGAGCCAGAGGUAGUGAGGAGGUCCUUGCAGCAGUGUGCAGGCUUGGAGACUUGCAAAUUCUCAGGUUCCUCUGAUGUGCCUGACCCACUGAUAAGCACUUUAGGCACUUCAUCAUCAUCUGCAGCUUGUGGCGCAGGUAUUACACUUGUUUUCAUGUGAGGACAGUGAUUUCAGAAAGGCUGAAUCUAGCCUGUCGUUGCAAAGCUUCAAAGGGACACAAAAAUGCUGUGAGGGACUAGACAGGCAUCUGGGGAAAAGGCUUCAGAUUCCCACAAAGUUUGAAGUUGGUCAUAAGCACAGCCUGACCUUCUCCACCUAAUCCACAGUCCCCCAAAGCCUCAGACGUGCUAGACCGAUGAUGAGUGUCCUCAGUUACUUAAAGAAGCACCAUGGUAGGCACAGAGCAAACCAGGAUCUGAAUUCUCUGCUUUUCCCUCAUUAGGGAGAAAAUGGUUAUAGCUCAAAUUUAAACACAGGCUCUUCAAAUUCUUAAACCACUAAAGCAGAUAUUGCUGAGGUACCCAAACCGUCUAAGUCUUUCCACAUUAAAUGGGGAAAACUCCCCUGCCCUAAGACAGCUCUGUGAGGAGACAAGUAUAAACUGGAGUUCUGAGACUUCUUCAGGACCCAAGGUGAGCAGUAUUCUCCUAGGGCCUGGGACCUGAACCCAGAGGUGAUGACCCAGGCCAGCACUUUCCACCAUGUGCCCAGGCACACCCACAAAAAUGCCGUCCUUGUGUCUGUGGGUCUGCUUGGACAGACAUGUCACCUUGGGUGGCAAAACAGCUGACCCAAUUCCUAAAGGGUGGAGAUCCCAGGUGACCUCCAGAAACCGUGCCUCUGUUGCCUACUCUGAGCUGACUGCUCUUGCAUCAGCAUCCUCAGAUUCUAACUCGUCACCCACAUUCCUCAGAUUUCCUUUGGGAUCUUGUCCCAUCAGUUUUCCCUCCUCUCCACCCAGUAACUUCAAGUUUGUCUCUGUGGGUCCCUGAAGCUUCCAAUUACUCUUCUCCCCACCCCUUCACCCCCUCCCCACACUGGUCUCUGAAGAACAGCAAAGUUACCUGCUGUUUUUUAGGCCUCCUGUGAGGUGCUCUGCUAGCAGCUGACCUGCAUAGGGCAUCCGCUUUCCAUGGUCCUCACAUGUUCUAGUACUUCCUGUUACUGGGGCCAAGUAUAGGGUUUCCCUUCCUCUGGAAGCUUUUAUUUUUCAUUUUUAUUUUUGGGUUUUUUUUUAUGAUUUAUUUAUUUAUGCAUUUAAGAACUGCUGUACAGGCCAGAGGUGUGGGGGAUGAGAGACUUCACCAGAGACAGAGUGGGGAACAGAACAGGCAGAUUGACCAAAGUACACUGCUGAGGAAAGUAGCAGGCGAGUCAGGAGAGGUCUGCCACACCAUGUGGAUCACCUCCCUGGCCAUGGAUCGAACUUGUGCUGCAGUAGCUGUGGAUAUCUUCAUAGGUUGUGUCUUAACCCCUUGCGCUACCAGGGAGGCCCUCAUUUUUAUUUUUGGAGAACAAAAAAAAAAAAAAAAAAA